UACCGAGCGCUGACUGGGUCCAAGCGGCACAGCGGAGCCCGGACCCAGGUUGGCACGAAGGUGGCACGGACGCGUGUGGCAGCUGUACGUCACCACCGGGGCGCUCAGUGUGCUGGGCGCGACGUCGGCCGGGACUCGCUAGGUUUGCGCCUAUUCUUGUCCCUCAGGGCGAUGUUUGCGGGCCAGAUGAAGCUUGAGAGCCUUCCAACUGAUAGAUACUAGCAAAGGAAGACUCCACAACUGGAUCUGCAGAAGCCUUAUCCUGCUUGUCUGCACCAUGUCAGGUGGAGGAAGCAGUGAGGAGAUAGUUUGGUUGUGCUUUUUGUAAGAUCCUUCCUUCCUCCAGAGAUUAUCACAUGUCUAGCUAGCCACAUACCUUCUGCCGGUGGUCCCUUCUUGGCCUUGACUCCAAGCAUGUGGCCCCAGGAGAUCCUGGCCAAGUGCGCACAGAAGGAAGAGCCAGAGGAGCAACCAGAGUUCUCCUAUGAUGAGUUCGGCUUCCGUGUGGACAAGGAAGACAGUGCAGACCCCAGUUCCAGCAAGUUGCCAGGGGGGUCUCUGGUGGAGGACCCCCAGCAGAGGCUGCGGUGGCAGGCCCACCUGGAGUUCACCCACAACCAUGAUGUGGGGGACCUCACCUGGGACAAGAUCGCUGUGUCCCUGCCCCGCUCCGAGAAGCUCCGCUCCCUGGUGCUGGCGGGCAUCCCACACAGCAUGAGGCCGCAGCUGUGGAUGCGGCUCUCUGGAGCCCUGCAGAAGAAGAAGAACUCAGAGCUGUCCUACCGCGAGGUUGUGAAGAAUAGCUCCAACGACGAGACCCUUGCUGCCAAACAGAUUGAGAAAGACCUGCUUCGCACCAUGCCCAGCAACGCCUGCUUCGCCAACGUGAACAGCAUCGGGGUGCCCCGUCUGCGCAGGGUUCUGCGAGCACUAGCAUGGCUCUACCCAGAGAUCGGCUACUGCCAAGGCACAGGCAUGGUGGCUGCCUGCCUCCUGCUUUUCCUGGAGGAGGAAGACGCCUUCUGGAUGAUGUGCGCCAUCAUUGAGGACCUGCUCCCUGCCUCCUACUUCAGCACCACCCUGCUGGGUGUCCAGACAGACCAGCGCGUCCUGCGGCACCUCAUUGUCCAGUACCUGCCUCGUUUGGACAGGCUGCUCCAGGAGCAUGACAUCGAGCUGUCGCUGAUCACGCUGCACUGGUUCCUCACGGCCUUCGCCAGCGUGGUGCACAUCAAGCUGCUGCUGCGCCUCUGGGACCUGUUCUUCUACGAGGGCUCCCUGGUGCUAUUCCAGACCACUCUGGGCAUGCUGUGCCUCAAGGAGGAGGAGCUGAUCCAGUCAGAGAACUCGGCUUCUAUCUUCAACACGCUGUCGGACAUACCAUCACAGAUUGAGGACCCAGAGCUGCUGCUUGGGGAGGCCAUGCGGCUGGCCGGCUCCCUCACCGACGUGGCCGUGGAGACCCAGCGCCGCAAACAUCUGGCCUACCUCAUUGCAGACCAGGGCCAGCUCCUGGGGACCAGCGCCACCACCAACCUCUCUCAGGUUGUUCGCCGCAGGACACAGCGGAGGAAAUCUGGCAUCACCUCCCUGCUCUUUGGGGAGGACGACCUGGAAGCACUGAAGGCCAAGAACAUCAAGCAGACGGAGCUGGUGGCAGACCUCCGGGAAGCCAUCUUGCGUGUGGCACGCCACUUCCAGUGCACGGACCCCAAAAACUGUAGCGUGGAGCUGACCCCAGACUACAGCAUGGAGAGUCACCAGCGGGACCACGAGAACUACGUGGCCUGUCUGCGCAGUCACCGGCGCCGCGCUAAGGCCUUGCUGGACUUUGAGCGACAUGACGACGAUGAGUUGGGCUUCCGCAAGAACGACAUCAUCACGAUUGUUUCUCAGAAGGACGAGCACUGCUGGGUAGGGGAGCUCAACGGCCUGCGAGGCUGGUUUCCAGCCAAGUUUGUGGAAGUCCUGGAUGAGCGGAGCAAGGAGUACUCCAUCGCGGGGGAUGACACUGUGACAGAGGGGGUUACGGACCUUGUGCGAGGGACCCUCUGCCCAGCCCUCAAGGCCCUGUUUGAACAUGGACUAAAGAAGCCAUCUUUGCUGGGGGGUGCCUGCCACCCCUGGCUGUUCAUUGAAGAGGCUGCAGGCCGGGAGGUAGAGAGAGACUUUGACUCAGUAUAUUCGCGUCUGGUGCUGUGUAAGACAUACAGGCUGGAUGAAGAUGGCAAAGUCCUGACCCCAGAGGAGCUGCUCUACCGGGCCGUGCAGUCAGUGAACGUUACCCAUGAUGCGGCACAAGCACAAAUGGAUGUCAAGCUCCGCUCCCUCAUCUGUGUGGGACUCAACCCAUGGCUUCUCGGCAGGAGGUGGGUCUCAAGGCGAGUAGUUGCAGCAGCCUGGCCAAGAGGCCGGGGCUGCAGAGCCUCCUGGACCAGCCCUCUCCCCCUGUCCCCAGUGAGCAGGUGCUGCACCUGUGGCUGGAGGUGCUGUGUUCCAGCCUGCAGACUGUGGAAAAGUGGUACCAGCCCUGGUCCUUCCUGCGCAGCCCCGGCUGGGUCCAGAUCAAGUGCGAGCUCCGUGUCCUCUGCUGCUUCGCCUUCAGCCUCUCCCAGGAUUGGGAGCUUCCCGUGAAGAGAGAGGAGGAAAAGAAGCCCCUGAAGGAGGGUGUUCAGGACAUGCUGGUGAAACACCACCUUUUCAGCUGGGACAUAGAUGGGUGACCACCUCCCUCCAGUGGCCUAGGCCUUCCCAAAUUCAUCAGCUACCAAGGCCUUCCUUCCCUGCUUCCUCAAGUAAGAAGAGAACAGCACUGCUUCAGCCAGUCAUGGACCUGUGUAGGGAUGGGCUGUCAACUGACACCGUCUGAGGCAGUAAGGGCUUGGCCCAGGAUUUUUACCAACCCCCCCCCCCCCCCAUUAGCUUUUGUUCAGGAAGGGGAUGGCGGUAGUAGAGGCUCCUUGGGCCUCUGUAAAUAAAUAGUCUUUGAGAAAUGA